AUGAGUUCCUACCCAUCCAGUGGUCGACGGCGGCCUAUUACCCGAACGGAAGCCGAAGAAAGGGCACUGGAUAAGAUUUCUAGAGAGGCUGAAGCUCGAAUGAAGUUGAAAAGAGAAACACGAGAGCAAGCUAGACAAGGAAGAUAUCAAUUGUUAGAAAAAAAAGUUGAAGAAGAUGCCGAGGCGUUUCGACAUGAUACCGCUUCAACCUCUAACACGAACGGAGUGUCUUCAUCUAAUCAAACUCAGGAGCAGUUGCAUGACAAAGUUAUUGAAUUGCAAGACCGUGUACAGCAAGUCAUGUUUUUAUAUUCGCAGUUAGAUAAUGAAAAGUCGACAUUGUUGUAUGAGGUGGAUCUUCUGAAAGACGAACUAGAAGAAAAAGAUGCUUCAUUGAAUCUAUCAUCUAGAGAAUGUCGCGAUUUGACGAGUGAAGUGAAAGCAUUGAAACGUACAAUCGAUGCAUUGCACACAACUCAACAACAGCUGAAACAUGAAAUUUCACAACGGGACCAACUUAUUCAGGAAAAUGGGUUAUGUCUGGUUGAAGAAGAUCCUGAAGAGGAAGGGUCCGAAUCGUCGAACAACGCAUCUGGAGAAAUAAGAUCUGGACCUUAUCUCUUCAAACGAGAGACAAUUCGUUUGGUGGAUAGAGUUGUUCCUGGAGCAGCAAGUCUUGAUGAAAAGAUUCAGAAACUUAUCGAUACGAACAAGAAAAUGCGCAAAGAUUAUGAAGAGCUUGAACAAACCAUAUACACUCAGAGACAUGCUCGUAAUCAGCGAGAUUCAACAAAUGUGAUGCCAAAUCAAGGAGUCGACGAUGUCAAUAAAGACGCUGCCAAGCAACUUGCGGAGAUGAAGCUCAAAAUGCAAGAUCUGGAGCGUGAGAAUACGAACCAGCAAGGGAAUGUGAUCCGUAUGGAAGGGCAAAUGAAGAGGUACAAGUCGAAUGCGGACGCUGCUGAAAAGGAACUAGACGAAUUGAAAACGCAAAUGCGGCAAGUGAAAAAAGAGCUUCGUGACAAAGAAAACGCUCUGGAUGAGCAGAAAGAGAUGAAUAAACAUUUACAAAGCCGUCUGGAAAAGAUGAGAAUGCAACGAACCGGUCGCCCGUUAUAG